GACAUUUAGUGACAUUUUAAUUCUUCUCAGUUCGCGUUAUUUUUGUGGCUUUUUGUUUUUUACCAUGAAUAAAAGUAAAAAUGAUGUGGUUAGAAAAAUGGGGGAGGACCAAAUCUAUACCGUGAAGGAACCUGUGCGUGUUACGAAAUGUGAUUUAAUUGAAUAUCAAUUAAAACAAAUGGGCAGAGAGGCAUGUUUACAUCGAAUUAUAUAUGCUGGUUACCAUUUCUUUAAGGAUUUCAUGGGCGCGAGACAAUUCUUUGAGGACAUCUAUGACAAUGUUAAUAGUCAAUAUUGUGAAGAUCCGCUUACAGGAUUCCUUAUAUAUUAUCCCAAAAUUUUUAUUAUAUUAGUAGAAGGAUCACAUUUAUCACUUAGUAAACAUUUUUCUGACAUACUGAAAAAUUUGGAAGUACGUUUUUCAAAAGUAAAAAUGUUUUUAUAUAUAUCGAAUAUAAAUCAGAGGUUUAACGAAACUUGGGACAGUUAUACAGGCACAGCCCCUAGCCGAAGGGAGAAAUUUGAUCCAGAAGCUGAUUUAUCGUCCACUAUGUUCCAUCUGAAAUGCUGCAUCAGGAAGUUAUAUUCGGUUUAUUUAAAUUACAAUGAGGAACAACUAAAUAAAUCAAUUCCAAAAAAAGCAUCAGAAAUUAGAAUGUUACGGCAAUCUACUACCAACCUUCCUUCGACUGUAUCUAUACUUUUGCCAGAAAAUGAACUUCUCGAUUUUCUACUCAAAAGUAGGCAUCUGCAGGAUUUCAAGUAUUUUUGCUAUAUGUGGAAUACACCAUGUCCCUUAGAUCAAACUAGGGACUGUAUAUGGCCUUACCCGUCCCGACUAACCGCAACAAAUAUUCUCAGCGAAGACUAUGAUAUUGUUUGUGAAUUACCAAAGUUCAAAAGGUCAUUAUUUGACAGCAAGUUAGAAAUUAUAACCAGGAAAAAACAUUCAUCUAAUCAAAAAUGGUUCACAAAUUCAAGGAUGAUUGUCAAUCAAUCACUAACGGCUUUGAAAUACAAUUCGAGAAAAUCAAUGCCAAGUUUAACAACAACAAAUUAAUUAGUGCGGUGGUUCAUCUAAAAUAAUUCAUUUAAAGUGGAGAUAUAAUAAAAUUUGAAAUAACAAAAA